GUUUCCCCUGAGCCUUAUGAGUCUAUUUCACUGCGGAUGGCUCGGCAUAAACCAGUCAUUCUUUGUAUCGUCAUCAUCCAUUCAUUCACCAUGCAUUUCUUUAAAUCGUCCAUCGCGGCUGCGCUCCUGGGCUCUGCGCUGGUCGCUGCUGCCCCCGCAGCCGAGCUCGAGGCUCGUGGCUCCUGUACCUUCACCUCUGCCUCUGCCGCAAAGUCCGGCAAGACGUCCUGCUCGACCAUCACCCUCGACAACAUCGCCGUUCCCGCCGGUGAAACCCUUGACCUGACUGGCCUCAAGACCGGUACCACCGUCAUCUUCAAGGGCGAAACCACCUUUGGCUACAAAGAAUGGAAGGGCCCCCUGAUCUCCGUCUCCGGAACCUCCAUCACCGUCAAGCAAGAGUCCGGCGCCAAGAUCAACUGUGACGGCGCCCGCUGGUGGGACACCAAGGGUAGCAACGGCGGCAAGACCAAGCCCAAGUUCUUCUACGCGCACAAGCUGAACAAGUCCAACAUCACUGGACUCAAGGUGUAUAACACCCCUGUUCAGGGCUUCAGCAUCCAGGCCGACCACCUCACCAUCACUGGUGUCACCAUCGACAACUCCGCUGGUACCAGCAAGGGCCAUAACACUGAUGCGUUUGACAUUGGCUCCAGUACUUAUAUUACCAUUGAUGGGGCAACCAUCUAUAACCAGGAUGAUUGCUUGGCUAUUAACUCUGGUCAGCACAUCACCUUCACCAACGGCUAUUGCAACGGCGGCCACGGCCUCUCCAUCGGCUCCGUCGGCGGCCGCUCGGACAACACCGUCAGCGACGUGACAAUCUCCAACUCCAAGGUCCUCAACUCGCAAAACGGCGUGCGCAUCAAGACCGUCUACGGCGCCUCGGGCUCCGUCUCGGGCGUCAAGUUUGAGGACAUUACUCUUUCCAACAUCAGCAAGUACGGCAUCGUCGUGCAGCAGGACUACCAGAACGGUAGCCCCACUGGUACGCCGACCAACGGAAUCAAGGUCGAGGAUAUUACCUUCAAGAAGGUUACGGGUUCGGUCCAGAGCUCUGCCACCGAUGUUUAUAUUCUCUGUGGCUCCGGCAGCUGCAAGAACUGGACUUGGUCUGGGAACUCGAUCUCGGGUGGCAAGAAGAGUGACAAGUGUAAGAAUGUUCCUUCUGGGGCUUCUUGCUAGACGAGUCGCGAGCUAUCCAACCUCUCCAUAUACGCGGUGAGUAUUAAUUGAACAUAGGGAGGGAACACUUCAUAUUAUUGGACGCUCCGUCCGGGAAGAGGACAAAUAGUUGAUAACACAGAUCGCUUGUACUAUAUAGAUGUAGCGCUUAGCAUACUCGGCACCUAAUCUAAUACCAAUGUUGUCAUAGAGCUUGGGCCAGUCUAGGGAAU